AUGGGCGGCAAGGGCAAGGGAGGGCGCAAGGGCCAGGGCAAGAAGGGCGAGGGCAAGGGCUCUGAGCUUGCAUCCGCAGGCAAAGGUGCUCGUGCGGCGGCUCUUCUCGACGUUCCACACGGAGCUCUGCCGCCUGGUCCUGUGCCCCGCUUGUCCGCCGACGAAGCCAAGCAGCUCGCCGACCUUCACUCGAAAGCUGGAGAAGAGCAGCUGGCAGCUAAGUACCGUGCCAUCGCCGUCUCCCUCGACAAGUCGGAGCGCGCCCCUGCGCCGUCUCUGCAGCAGCAAGUUCAGUCCGCCCAUGCUGCUGUCCGCCGCAAGGAGCGGGCACUUCAGGUCGAGUUCGCGAAGCUCAAUCGCUGGAGGGCUGAGCUGGAGGAGCAGCGCAAGAAAGUGGCUGAGCUUCAUUCUGAGUUGGGCGAGGCCGGCGCCGCUUACAAGAAAGUCGUUUUGGAGCUGCGGCUGCAGGUGCCUUCUGAGCCUGCGCCCGCAGCGGUGGCCCAGGUCACUCUCGAGCAGCUGGUGGGCGGCACCGUCUCCAUCGACCAGGUCAUCUCGACUGACGUGCUCGAAGUUGCUGAUGGCGCCUACGACCUGGAGGAGCAAGACCGUAAGGAUUCAACAGCGCAAGCCAUUGCUCGGGGCCGCUGCCUAGCCUGCAAGUGUCGCGCUCCUGACAGCCCAGCGUUACUGCUGGUCUCUCUUUAUCUUCACCACUCCGUGCGGCCCGACGCCUCCAACGGGGGCAUCCUCAGCGACCUGGGGGAGUUCGUGAGCAGUCAGUCGGAGGAUUACAUCAUAGGUGGGGACUUUAACUUCGGGCCAGACUUGUUAGAAGGCAUGGGAUUUGCUAAAGCUGUGGGGGGUCUCCUGAUCACCACCCCCGACAAUACCCACUAUCCUUCCUUGGGUGACCCAGCCAAGUUUGACUACUUCGUGGUCUCGUCCCCCCUGGCCAAGGGCCUCAGCGAGGCCAAAGUCCGUCUGGACACGACGCUCAACCCCCACCGCCCCGUGUCGCUCACUUUUCACCCCCGUCUGCGUCAAUUGAAGGCUCUCGCCUUUCGCAAGCCGCCGCCCUUGCCUGUGGACCCCCCGUUCGGCCCCAGGCCGCAGGAGUGCAGCACUGAUUGGGAUCUGGUGCUUGACCUGGUCAAUACUGCUGUGGACAGAGUGUCCCUUGGGGACGGUGACGGGGCUGCUGCCCGGCUCUCUGAAGGGUACGGUCUCUGGGCGAAUAGAGCUGAACUUGAUCUUGCGCGGGUCCUGGGGGCCGACCUCCCUGUCUAUGGGUCCCGCGGAAAAACUAUUGAGACGUUUUGGAAGCCCAUCUGCCAGGCGUGUCCUCCUUCCAAGGACCCCGUUUCCCGCGGUCUGAAGUGGUUGGAGACCCAGCUCAAGGCCUUGAGAUCUGAGGACAAGGCGGAUCAGGACACGCGGUCCCCGCCUGCUUUCUCGGAUUGCGUGGCUGAUGUUGAUCAGCUGCUCGCAUCUCUCGCGCCGUGCCUAGAGGAGGCCGCUAAGGACUUUGCUAAGGCUUUUGAUGGGGCCCUGUCGUUUGCUUCGAUGCGUUCGGCCUGGGAAGUCACCUUCGGCAAGGCUGACUGGUCCUGGGCCAAGGUGAGGGGUCCUGUCUCGGCCCUCAGUUCUGCGAUGCUAGCGGGCUACCAGAUUAGCGACAUCUGCCAGCUGUGCCACUCCGAGGCUGACGCUUACAGUGACUGCGCUAAUGUCGUUAAGCAGUACUCCCUAGGUCAGGUCAGGCCCCUGCCGCUGGGGGCCGGCCCGUGCAGCGUGCCCCGCCAGCGGAGCGGCGAGGGCCUCCUCGAGGGCCUGCCACGGGCCUACGCGCUGCUGCAGCUCGCCCUCAUAUGGGUCUUCACGCUGCGGAACGCAAACCGCGUCCCCACGGAGGCCGCUCUCGAGUGGUUCACCCGGUCCGACCACCUCGUGCACGAGAUCAAGGCAUUGCGGAGGCGCGCCCUCCGCGAGCGCGCGCGCGGCGCCGCGGCGCUGCCCGCGGCCGCGCCGGAGCUGCGCGUGCCGGGGCUGAGGGUCGGCGUGGUUUCCAUCUGCGCCUACCCCCCCGACCACCCGCUGGAGCUGAAGUCGCUGACGCCGGCGAACCGCAAGCUCUACGCAGAGAGGCACGGCUACGGACUCCACGUGCACAGGCAGCACCCGAUGCCAGGCCAGGGGGUCCACAUCCAGCACGCCAAGCUGGCCCUGAUGGCCAGGUAUCUUCGCAGCGGGGAAUACGAUUGGGUGGCAUGGUUCGAUUGCGACAGCAUCCUCAUGACCCCCGAGAAGACCCUGGACUCGAUCAUUUACCAGUUCGCAGGAGGCGCGCCCGCGGAGCCCGUGCCCGAGGGCGCGGGCCCCCCCCCCUGGCACGUCGCCCUGGUGGACGGCGGCCUCUCCGGCGAGCCGGCCGGCGGCGGCGCCGACGAGGCCUGCGCCGCGGCCGCAGCCGACACACCAGACGCACCGCGGCCGCCGCCUGGGCCGGUGGGGGCGCCCGGCCGGAACCAGACGGUGGUGGGCUUCCUGCUGCACGAAGGGAGCUGCAACACCGACGAGGGCUGCCGCGCCGUGUCCCGCGUGCGGGUGCACCCCGGCGUGUCGUACAGGGUGCGCGUGAGCACGGCGCUGGUGGACAUGGAGGACGACUCCGAGAAGUUGGCGUCCAUCUCCGUGGGCGGGCGCGCGCUCGGGGAGUGCAACCCGUCCCCCGAGAGCGACUACGCCUGCGGCUUCUUCGACUGCUUCGCCGAGGAGCUCGUGCCCGGGGACGCGACCGCGGGCGGCGAGGUCACCGUCGAGGCCCACGCCGUCCGCACGCACGACGACUGUCUGUGCAGCCGCGAGGAGGGCCUCUGCUACAACCGGGCGGUGGCCGCGCUGCUGGAGGCCCGUGGCCUGGAGCCUCUGGGCACGUCCUGCGGCAUGUUCCUGAAGCUCACCUUCACACCCGAGCCGGAGCGGCGAGAGCCCGCGCCCGCGGGGCCGCCGCCACCACCGCCGCCGCCCCGCGGGGAGGCGGCGGAGCGGGCGCCGGACGGGGAGCCCGUGGUGGGCUGGGUGGCCCACGCUGGCAGCUGCAACACCGCGGGCGGCUGCCGCGCCACGGCGUGGGUGCGCGUGGACCCGCGCGCGCAGUACGUCGCCGCCGUGUCCACGGCGCUCAUCGACAUGGAGGACGAGACGGAGAAGCUGGCGUCGGUGGCCGUGGGCGGCCGCGAGCUCGGGGAGUGCAACCCGGCGCCCGCCAGCGACUUCGACUGCGGCCUCGCCGACUGCUUCCAGGGCGAGGCGGUGCCCUCCGAGGCGGUGCGCGGCGGCUGGGUGCUCCUGGAGGCCCACGCGGUGCGCACCAACGACGACUGUGCGUGCGGCGACGGCGCCUGCCACGCGGCGCCUCUGGCGGACAUGUACAGGGCCAUGGGGGAGAACGCCUCCGAGCAGAGCUACGGCAUGUACGUGAGGUUCACCCUGACCCCAGUGGGUCCCACAGGCGCGCUGCCCGCGGGGCCCUCCGCGGCUGCGGUGGGCGCCGCGGCGGCGGUGGGAUCGCCGGGCCGUGCAGGGGGCCGCGGGGAGCCGCUGCCCGACGAGGUGGUGGAGGCCUACGUCGGCCACGUCGGGAGCUGCAACACGGACGAGGGCUGCAGGGAGUCAGCGACCGUCCGCCUGAACCGCCAGGUCGCCUACCGCGUCCACGUCUCCGCGGCCAUGGUCGACAUGGCCGAGGACUCCGAGAUGCUGCCCGCAGUGAGUGUUGGGGGUUUCGAUCUGGGAGAGUGCAAUCCCCCCGCCGCUGACGACUUCGACUGCGGCUACUGGGACUGCUUCCAGGAUGUGGAGCUCCCGACGGAGAUCACCGCCGCCGGGACAGUGACGCUCGAGGCUCACUCCGUCAAGACCAGCAACGACUGCCACUGCAACCGCCUGCAUGGCCACUGCUACAGCGCCAUCGGCGCAGCGGUCGGGGAGGCGGUCGGGGAGGAGCUGACCACAGACCCCAGGUACGGGAUGUUCGUGAGGUUCACGUUCACGCCCGCGGCGCCCGAAGACGCUGGCGGCGGCGGCGGACUGCCGGUGCGCCGCGGCGGGCGCGCUGCCCGCCUGGGCCGCGCUGCGCCACCGCGGCGCGGAGUGCGCCGGCGCCGACGUGCUCCUCGGGGUGGACCUCCCGCUGGAGGCCUGCCUCGCGAGGUGCCUGGAGGUGGACGGGUGCCGGCUCGUGGCCGCGGGUACGGGGCAGAAGGCGGGCC